AUGGCUGAGGAGGAACACGCCGAAAUCUCUGCUUACUUCCGGCAGCUCUUCAGUUUGCAUCCACACGACAUCGAACCCUUGCCCAGGCUGGAUCCCUUGAUCUUGACUGAGGGUGAGAUCCUCUCUUCGCUUGGGAAGCUAGGCAAGGGCAAAGCGUGCUUUCAGCACAUGCAGGAGAUGGAGGUGGAUGCAUCGCUCGGGAAGCGAGAAGCCCCGACUGUGACCGCAAACCGGGCGGAGCAGGAGGGGGAGCCACAGCCGAAGCACUCUCGGCCACAGUCGAAAGGCCAAGGGGGGCAGGGAAAGGGCGGACGGGGAACAGCUCAGGAAGCGGCGGCUCCCUCCAGUCCUGGUACAGCUGCGCGGAACCCAAAAACCCCGGAGAACCGGCACCAAGGGCAUCCGACGAAGCAGCAGGGGAGGCAACAGCAGGGUUGGAAAAACAACCAGGGCCAGCGCCGCGGCUGGAGCUCCUACACAUGGGGCGGACAGCGGAAGCAGAAGGAGGAGCAGGCCUGGGAAGACAAUCUGAGGCUGUUGGCCAGGCUCUGUCUUCGCCACGAGGACGAACUGUCCCAGACGAGAGUGGAGCGAGACUUCAUUCUUACGAUGGAGACUCAGGAGGCGGCGGUCCUCACCAAGCUCUACAAGCUGGCGACGGUGUGGAAGGAGCGGAAAGAGCGGCAGGAAGUGGACUGCUCGCUGAGGAUCUGCUUAUUCCUUGGGCUGCUGCAGGUCUGGCUGGAGAGGAUGCGGGCUCUGGAACAGACCAGUCCGGAGGCCGAGGCGCUGCGAAAACGAAUCAUGGAGCAGGGCUAUGCGCAAAUGCCGGAGGGAACCACGGAGCUACAGUGGUUCUACAUGAGGUGGAAUCACCCCACACAGGCAAUGGAGAAGGUGCCUGAUGUGGAGCCCAUGCUGCAGAGCCAGGUGGUGUCCAGCUUGAUCCAGCUGCAGGCGACGAUGGUGGCACCGAAUGCCUUGCUUCGCUUUCACUCCACGAGGCGGAUGGCGGCGGAGUACGCGGGGGAGACUGUCACGUUUCUUUUGACGGUCGGCCAGAGGGACACCAUGGCAGCUCAGGCAUGGGGGAUGCUCACCAACUUGUGCGGCAACGGCUCUGGAAAGGUCAUCGGGCUCAAGAUGAAGCCGGCCAAGAUGGAUCGUCAGCCUCUCGCCAAGAUCGUUGCGGAGAGAUUCCCUCCUCCUUUUUCGUCGAGCCGAGCAGCAGGAUCCCAGAAUCGGGAGGCCGAGGCAGAGGAUCAGCAGCAGCGGGAGAAGGAGGAGCACAACUGA